CUCCUUGUAGAUUGUGGCGCGUUCCCCCAUCGCUGUGGAGCUGCUUCUCAAUGGCGGGCUUCGUGCAGAACCUGGACGACGGCGAGCUCUGGCUGCCUUCCGAGUUAAUCGUGGACGUAGGCCUCUCGCGCUACCGCCAUUGCUCUGGCGCCUUCUCCGGCGCCCGCGUCCUACAUGAGUCUGAAGUUGAGUGCCUAGCAACCAACCUCCUGCCCUUUGGCACCUUAGAUCGCCUUCAUCUUCGCCUCGCCGUGAAGCAGCCUCUUGCUGUGCCACCCCCUUUCGAGGACUUCACGCGUGUUGGACCACUGGGCUGGUUCGGAGCUUCGGAGAGAGAGAUAUGGGCUGGGCCAUGUCCUCAGGAAACUCAAUCAGGGUUAAGGGUUUUGUCGUCUCCAGGUGCCUACCGUGGGCGAGUGGCAUCCGGAUUUUUGGGGGAGAUGUUCUGGUCUCAUCCGGCGGCUCCGGUGCAGUUGCAGACGGAGAUUUACGGUAGGGCAUCCCCGAGGCCGCUGCUUCCGGUUCAAAGCCACUCCUCCGUUCGGCUGGUUGCGCAGGGAAAACGGAAGUGCGGAGGAACCGGUGUGUUUCUUCCGCGUGUGAAGGAACUGGAGAAAGAAUACACAGGAGAGCAUCAAAGACAGAGAUCAACAAGAAGCCCAUCAACGAAGAAGCAGAUGAAUCCAUUUCAGUCUCCCUCAGAGGUGGGUCUCCCACAGGAAUGGACCUACUGAGAGUGAAACAAACUCCCACAGUCAUCCUUCUCCACUUCCAUGGAAAACCAAACCGGGGAAAAUGCCUAACUUUGUGCCAUCAUUGACUCCGUGAAUAGGACCAAGAAGACGAAAGAGGAGGGUUGAGUGGUGUGGGAAGGAAAUGAAACCGGCAGACUUAUCAAGUGAGAAUAAAAUAAAGAAUGGAACAUUUUCCCUUGUCGCGUAUUAAUGUCUUCGUGUUGGACGCUUGUGUGGCUGUAGGUUAUAAGGCAAUAAACACAAGGACUGGAUGAUAUACAUUAUAUAAAAUGUAGUGAGUUUUUAAUGUAGGCGCAGUGGUGGCAGAGGGUAGCUUUUCAGUUCGUGUCUGUGUUUCCUUCUUCGUGUCUGUGGGGGUUGGGUUUGAAUGAGGGCGAUGGAAGGAAGUGGAACGAAUUGAAUGCUUCUAUCCUUGGGAACACUACAGACGAAAGCAACCUGUGCUGGGAAAUCCCCCGAAACACGGCAAAGGCUUUACUGGGUUCUGCUUCGGUGGACCAACUACUGCUCUGAUAUGGGUUUAUUGGAAAAAAAAU